CACCACAGUCACAGGAGCAGUGAUCUCAUCCUUCUACUCCCUACCAAAAACGCAUGAUACCCUACAGUCGCAACAGCAACACCUCUUCUUUGCGCAACGAGACACCUUCAUACGAAAACCACAGCGCGACACUCCAUACCAAGGAAAUGCCUUCUCAGGAAGAACAGGAGCUGUUGGCCAGGAUCGGCCAACUUGCAGGCAAGAUCAAUCUUCACAAGGCCCAGCAAGCCGGUGUGCAAUCAGUGCCUAGCAAUCAAGCUACCUACGGACGGAGCACCACUCACCGACAUGGCGGCUUCCCCCACAAGCACCGCGUCGAGCCUUACCCCUCUACUCGAGGCCCCUCGGGGUUUCGUCAUCGAUCCCUGGUUCUGAACAACGGUGGAACGCAAACACCGCCAUCCGAGUCGUCUACUCCCGAGGCCCCUGGUACGGCUGGUUCCUCCGGCGCCUGGAUUUCCAAGAACACCCGCGGCCAAAGAUCGCUCAUCAACUCGGCCGUCUACGAGAAGAAUAACGAGGCGCAUGCCAAGGCUAUCGAGGCAUCUCGACAGCAGAAGAUUCGCCGGCAGGAUGCGCGCGAGCAGUCGCAGCUUGCCAAUCACUUCCAUCGUUACGGAGCCCACGCAAGCGCGCCUUCUACCCCUACUAAUCCCACCACAGCGACAGGCAAUCAUGAGGUUGAAAUACAAGGAAUCCGCUUCCGCGUCGCCCACAGCGGCAGCAAGCUCAUUAAGGUGUCGGGAGAUCUCCAUCCCGCCAGUGCGACGCCCAAGGUCGCUUUCGUCGGAGGCGUCAAGUUCCACCGAAGCAAAACGGGCAAUCUGUACCGAGCCGGUGUGCUGGAAGCUCAACGCCAAACGAGCGUCAAGAAGCUCGAUGUGCCUUGCAGCAUGUUUUCGCUGACCGGUAUUUUAUUCACAAUCUCAUCUGACCACCCACGCAUAAUCAUCAGCUCAACUAGACCUGACAGCUUCUUGCUCAAGUGGGUAUCACAGAGUUCAUGCGCCAAGGGACCGGCGUGUCGAUACAUGCACGAUGCCUCGAGGGUCGCCGUCUGCCGGGAGCUGCUGCAUAAGGGGAACUGCGCCAAUGGGGAGUCUUGUGAUCUUUCCCAUGACUUGACGCCCCAACGCACCCCGACAUGUGUUCACUUCAUCAAGGGCAACUGUGCGAACCCUAACUGCCCCUAUGCUCACUCUAGUGUGUCCCCAGGUGCCCUGGUCUGCCGUUCGUUCGGAAUGUACGGCUACUGCGACAAGGGAGACAAGUGCGAGGAGCGGCACGUGUUUGAAUGCCCCGACUUCAGCAACACGGGCAAGUGUAGAAGAAAGGGCUGCAAACUCCUUCACCGCGAGAGGGCAAGCGUCCUUCGGAAGCGCACGGACUCGGACGAAAUGGAGGACCUGUCGAGCGAUGCCGAGUCGGCAGACAGUGACGACGUGGACUCGGACGAGGUCGAGGAGUUUAUCACCGACGGCGCAGGUGAUGAUACUGACUUCAAGGUCCAGAAGGACUUUAUCUCUUUCUGAUCGUGAUCCCAUGCCGCCUAUCCGGAGAAGGCCAUCUAGGUCUCUCUUUACUGACAUGUUUGCUAUCCACUCCAAGAGAGGGUCCAGUCAAAGCAAGAGAGCUCCCGAGUCUCCUUUGUCGCGGGCGUAUUUUCAGGUUAUGGAACGACUAGGACAAUAACAACAAACGAUACCCUCGGAGAAGAAGAGGAAGAAGAAGAUGAUGAUGAACAAAGGACCAGAGCAUUGAUACCACGUAGGAAGAAGAAGAUGACGAAGCAAAAGCAGACAUAGAAAGGAUAGAGACAAAAAAAAAGAGAGAGAAAUUUUUGUAACC